AUGGCGCCGGUGAGGGUGCCCUCGUCCAAGGAGCGGGAGAACAACCGGCGCCGGGAGCGCCGCCGCCGUAUGGUGACGUCGAGGAUCUUCUCCGGCCUGCGCGCCCACGGCAACUACAUCCUCCCCAGGCACUGCGACAACAACGAGGUGCUCAGGGCGCUCUGCGACGAGGCCGGCUGGAUCGUCGAGGCCGACGGCACCACCUACCGCAGGGGAUGCAGGCCUCCGCCUCAUAUGCGUGGUGGCUUUGGCGGGUCUGCUCCGGUGAGCCCCGGCUCGUCCUACCCCGUGACCCCGACAGCCCCCUACGGCCUGGGCUCGGGGUCCCCCUACCUCACGCUGGGCGGCGGGGGCGGCCUCUUCUACGGCGCCGCCGGCAGGGCCGAGGCCGGCAGCCACGGCCUCGCCGACUGGUUCAGGAGGCUGCCCGGCGCGCCGGACGGUGGCGCGAGCUCGUCCAGCGCGCCGGUGACGCCGCAGAACGGCUCCCCGCCGCAGAGCAUGUUGGCGCGCUGGGCCGCGGAAAACAACGCUGCUGCCGGCGCCUCCAACCUGCAGCCGCGCCGGGCCGCCGGCCUCAGCCUCUACGCCUCCCAGCAGCGGCCCAUGCCCAUCACCAUGCCGCCGAGCCCCGUCAGCGGCGGGGCCCCGGUCGCAAAUGCGGUCGACCCGAUGAGGCUGCUGGCGGGGAUCCAGAGAUCCACCGCCGCCGCCGCUGCAGCCGCAGCCGCCAAUAACAACAGGGUGCGGGCCUACAGCCCCCUCGGGACGCCGGUCCGCCCGUCUUUGUUUGUUGCCGGGGCUCCCUCCUCUAUGCUGCGCGCUCCGGGGCCGGUGCAGGGCAGCGGCGGCCAGUGGGCGGCGCCUGCGCCGGCAGCCCGAGCCGGCGGCGGAGGCGACGUGGAGAUGGCGCCGCGCGAGUUCUCGUUCGCGUGGGAGGGGGAGGCAGUAAGCCAGGACUACGCCGACGAGGACGCCCUGGAGCUGACCCUGGGGAACUCGAGGACCCGCGCCGACCGCGCCUGA